UUAUAUUCUGAGCCUGCCAUCCGGGUUCGGACCAUAAGAUAUACAGAGGGUCCCAAACAGCUGGCCGGCGAAUGGGGAUAAGAUGGAAGAUGGAAGAUGGAAGAUGGACGCGGAGAGAUGGAUGAGAUAUUUAGUUAACAAUAAGUUGGAAAGUGAUGGGUGAUCCAUCGGCCAAGCAGCCAGUUCCGCCGGAUCCUCGGUCACUGCUGAGCAGCGCCAGCUGAGUCAGCG